AUGGCCAAGGAAUUGAUCAUCCUUGACGAGGAGAGCUUCCAGGAUUUCGGCAAGGAGUCCGGCAAGGAGGCCGACGACAAUUUAGUGUGCCCUACGUGCAUCCUUGCCCAGAAAGAGACCAAGGAAAUGGUAAAGAAGAUAGCCUAUCUUGAAGGACGUCUGAAAAAAGAAGAAGAAAAUGUAGCUUCCCUUAUCAAUGAAGUUAAUGUAGCAGUUGACAGGAACCUGAAGCUGGAAGAGGAGCUGCAAGAAGCGAAGCAGAAAAUAUAUGCACAUGGAAAUGCACUUCUUGAUGCUCGAUUGGAGUUGAGCAAGAAGUCAGCUAAAAAGUAG